AUGCCCAUCUCCAAGAUCCACGCUCGCUACGUCUACGACUCUCGUGGCAACCCGACCGUUGAGGUCGACGUUGUUACUGAGCUCGGCCUUCACCGCGCCAUUGUCCCCUCUGGUGCCUCCACUGGCCAGCACGAGGCUUGCGAGCUCCGCGAUGGUGACAAGACCAAGUGGGGUGGCAAGGGUGUUCUCAAGGCCGUCAAGAACGUGAACGAGGUCAUCGGCCCCGCUCUCAUCAAGGAGAACAUUGACGUCAAGGACCAGUCCAAGGUUGACAAGUUCCUCAUCGACCUCGAUGGCACCCCCAACAAGACCAAGCUCGGCGCCAACGCCAUCCUCGGUGUCUCGCUCGCCGUCGCCAAGGCCGGUGCUGCUGAGAAGGGCGUUCCCCUCUAUGCUCACAUCUCCGACCUUGCUGGCACCAAGAAGCCCUAUGUCCUCCCCGUUCCCUUCAUGAACGUCCUCAACGGCGGUUCCCACGCUGGUGGCCGUCUCGCCUUCCAGGAGUUCAUGAUCGUCCCCUCCGCCGCUCCUUCCUUCUCUGAGGCCCUCCGCCAGGGUGCUGAGGUGUACCAGAUCCUCAAGAGCCUCGCCAAGAAGAAGUACGGCCAGUCCGCUGGCAACGUCGGUGACGAGGGUGGUGUCGCUCCCGAUAUUCAGAACCCCGAGGAGGCCCUCGACCUCAUCACCGAGGCCAUCGAGAAGGCCGGCUACACUGGCCAGGUCAAGAUCGCCAUGGAUGUCGCUUCCAGCGAGUUCUACAAGGAGGACGUCAAGAAGUACGACCUCGACUUCAAGAACCCCGAGUCCGACUCCUCCAAGUGGCUCACCUAUGAGGAGCUCGCCAACCUCUACUCCGAGCUCUGCAAGAAGUACCCCAUCGUCUCCAUCGAGGAUCCCUUCGCUGAGGACGACUGGGAGGCCUGGAGCUACUUCUACAAGACUCAGGACAUCCAGCUCGUUGCUGAUGACUUGACCGUCACCAACCCCCUCCGCAUCAAGAAGGCCAUCGAGCUCAAGGCUGCCAACGCCCUCCUCCUCAAGGUCAACCAGAUCGGUACCCUUACCGAGUCCAUCCAGGCUGCCAAGGACUCCUACGCUGAUGGCUGGGGUGUCAUGGUCUCUCACCGCUCCGGUGAGACCGAGGAUGUCACCAUUGCCGACAUUGUCGUUGGUAUCCGCUCUGGCCAGAUCAAGACCGGUGCUCCUGCCCGUUCCGAGCGUCUUGCCAAGCUCAACCAGAUCCUCCGCAUCGAGGAGGAGCUUGGCGACAACGCCAUCUUUGCAGGCGAGAACUUCCGCAAGGCUGUUGAGCUCUAA